AUGCUAAGAAGCUCAACGUUGAAAAGAACCUUUUUUAGGUCAUACAUUGUGCCAUCUUUUGAGCAUUUGAACAAAGAUCGUGGUCUUUCCGGACUCUUUUCCAAAGAAGGUUUACAAUCAGCGUGGUUUGAUAGAGCUGAGUAUUAUACCGAGAAGUUGAAUUCUUACACUGCCAACACCGAUGAAAAGCCAUUAGAGACAAUUAUACAUGAAAACGCCAACAUUUCUUCUAAGAAACAAAUUUUCAACUAUGCAUCUCUUCUAUACAAUUUGAAGUUCUCGAUGUCAUCGCUCAAAGGUUCUUCUUUACCUCUACCCACUGAAAAACCGAACAGAUCUGAACUUUUGAAGACACCAGAGUUGACCCUAACUUUCGGGAACGAACCUUUAUCGAUGGGUAACGAAAGGUUGCACCAGGCGUUGGUUCAAUCUUUCGGUUCUAUCGUUGAAUUCAGGUCUUUACUUUUGAAUUCUAACAAUGCUAUAUCGGGGGAUGGUUACACAUGGUUGGUAGCAAGGCAAUUCAAGACUGCUGAUCCAUCAGCGAUCAAGUUUGACCAAUUAUUCAUUGUAAACACAUACAACGCCGGAUCUCCUUUCAAUUCCAACAGAGCAGGAUCGUUCAAACAUCUACAGGAAAGCAUCAAGAAAAAGACAGAAGGAUUCAAGGCCGACAAAGUAGAGUCUGCUGUUGAUGCCGUAAUGUACCCAGGAACAAAAUAUUUCCCAUUACUUGCCAUUGAUGCAUCCCCAAAGGCUUGGUUGCCUGAUUACGGUGUAUUCGGAAAGCAGCAGUAUUUGGACAGCGUUUGGGAAUCUAUUGAGUGGAAAGUGGUAGAGAAUAGAUUACCUGCAUUUGAAACCAAAGCCUUUGCCACUUUAUAA